UCAGAUCCCAACCGCCAGGAAGCCGGCGCCAUCAUGCCCAAGAAUAAAGGGAAAGGAGGUAAAAACAGGCGAAGAGGUAAGAAUGAGAAUGAAUCUGAAAAGAGAGAAUUGGUCUUUAAAGAGGAUGGCCAAGAGUAUGCUCAGGUAAUCAAAAUGCUGGGAAAUGGGCGAUUAGAAGCAGUGUGUUUUGAUGGUGUAAAGAGGUUAUGUCAUAUCAGAGGAAAACUGAGAAAAAAGGUUUGGAUAAAUACCUCAGACAUUAUGUUGGUUGGUCUGCGAGACUAUCAGGAUAACAAAGCUGAUGUAAUUUUAAAGUACAAUGCAGAUGAAACUAGAAGUCUGAAGGCAUAUGGUGAGCUUCCAGAACAUACUAAAAUCAAUGAAACAGGUACAUUUGGUCCUGGAGAUGAUGAUGAAAUCCAGUUUGAUGACAUUGGAGUAUUUGUUCCACAUUGA